AUGAAUAAUACGUUAACUAUAACAUAUAUUGAAUAUAAUGAUCUAUUUAAUAUUACACAAUUUAUACAAUCACCAUUGAAAAUGAUUACAUUGAGUUUAUUAUUAUUUAUUAAUUUAUUUAUAUUUGCAUCUAAUUUAUUUAUGAUUAUUAUAUUAUUAAUUACAAAAAAUAAACGUUUUGAUGCAACACGUAAAUUUUUAAUUAAUUUAUCUAUUAUUGAUAUAAAUUUUGCUUUAUAUAUAAUGCCUAUAUCAAUUAUAUAUAUUAUAUUAAAAAUGAAUUGGUUACCAUAUUAUUUAAUAUGUUAUAUAUGGAUUAUAAUAGAUAUAUAUUUUUGUACAACUAAUAUGUUUAAUUUAGUUAUUAUAGCAUUUGAUAGAAUGUUAGCUAUUAAUUAUGCUGUAAAAUAUAAUCAAAUUAUGUCACCAACACGUGUACGUUUAUUAAUAUUAUUAAUAUGGUUAUUAGCAUUAUUAAUUAUAUUACCACUUAUAUUCUAUAUAAUUUGGUAUCAAUUGAAUCUAUCAUCUAUAAAACAAAAUUUAUUAAAUACAAAUAUGGAUAUAACAAAUUCAUUAAUUCAUAAUCAUAAUGAUCAAAAUGAUUCUAUACAAUAUAAAUGUAGUUUAAUACAUGUAAGUAUAUAUAUACGUUUAUUUAUAUCAAUUUGUUCAAUGUAUAUACCAACUUGUCUGAUGUGUUAUUUUUAUUUUCAUGUAUUUUCUAAAGUUAUUAUGAAUAAACGUGGUAUAUCUAUUGGUUUAUUAAUUAAUAAUCAUAAUGAUUAUUAUAGACAAUCAAAGAAAAAAUUUACAUCAUCUAAUGAUAAUAUAAAUAAAAAAGAUUUCAAUAAAAUUGAUCAUGAUAAUGAUCAUAUCAAUACUAUUGAUAAUAAUAAUAAUAAUAAUAAUAAUAAUAAUAAACGGAAUAAGUGUAAAAUGGAUAAAACCUUUAAAGAUAAAAAUACAAUUAAUCAUUCAAAAUAUGGUUUAUUGAGAGUACAUGUUGGUGGAAAACAAUUCUUAUGUGGUAAUAAUACAUUUAUAAAUCAUAAAUGUAACAGUACUACAAAUAUUAACAAUAUUAAUAAUAAUAAUAACAAUGAUAAUAAUAAUAAUAGUAAUAUGUCACAACAUGUAAAGUUAAAUAAUAAUGAUAAAAAUGACACUAAUAAUUCAACUAUAAUGAUUAAUACAUUAUCAGAUAAUUCAACGAUACAAAAUCAAAAUGAUUCAUAUGAUCAAUUACAAUCAACAACUACAACAACAAUAUCAUCAACGAAAAAUCCUCAACAACAACAUUCAUUAUUGACAACAGAAUUAAUAACAUCAAAUAAAUUAAUGAAAUCUGAUUGUACUUUAUCCAAUGAUGAUUCCAAUUCAAUGAAUUUAAUUAAACCUAUGGAUAAAUUAGAAAAUAGUAAUAAUAAUAUUAUAAUGAAGAAACACUCGAAUUCAUUAUCUGAAGUAUUCUUGAAAGUAAAUAGGAAUAAAUUGAAUGAUAAUGAUAAUAAUAGUAAUAAUAAUCAAUCUAUUAGUCGACAACCUCAUUCAUUAUUAUCAUCAUCAACAUCACAACAACAACAGCAACAACAACAAAAUUUUAAAGAAAAACUAACAAAUAUAUUACGUAAACAUUCAUUUCAUACAUUAUCACCAUAUACAUAUAUAAAACCAUUAGAAAUGAAUCAAUCAAGACGUUCAACUGGUAGAACUGAUAAACAUGAUAAAUUUAAUGAUAUAAUUCCAUUAAGACGUUGUGCAUUAAUGCCAUUUAAUUAUAAUACAUUAUAUUCAUCAAUAAGUAAUGAAUAUAUUAUAAAUUCUAAUAGAAAUUCAGAAAAUUUAUCAAAUAUAUCAACAACAAUAAUAACACCAAGAAAUAGUAAUCAAUUAGAUAAAUCAAUAAUUAUACAUGAUCAAUUAUUAUUAACAUCAUCAUCAUCUACAACAACAACAACUAAUUAUAAUUAUAAUAUUAAAAUGAAAUAUAUAAUUGAAUUAAAAGCAAUUUUUAUGUUUUUAAUGAAUAUUAGUUUAAUUUUAUUAUGUUGGUUACCAUAUUAUACAUUAAUUUUAUUUAAUGAUAUAUUACCUAAUUUAUAUAUAACAAUUAAUUUAUAUCAUUUUUUUUAUUGGUUAAGAUUUAUAUGUAUAGCAUUAAAUCCAAUUAUAUAUGGUUCUGCAUCAGAAGAUUUACGUAAAGCAUUUAAACGUUUUAUUAUACAUUGUGGUAAAAUAAAACAUGAAAAAAAAGCAUUAAAACGUUUAGUAUUAGCUGGUUUAGGUGCAGCUGGUAUACCAUAUGGUCAUAGAAUAAUAAUACCACAACAAAUGAAAUCAACUGAUUAUAAUCAACAAUAUAAUAAAUCAAUGAUAUAUAAUAAACCAUUAAUGGUUAUAGCUGAUAUUGAAGAAAAAAUUUAA